UGAGGAGAAAGUUGAGCAGGACGUCACGUGCAAGGUCGCUUGUCCACGUCGAAUUCAUGGCAGACAUGCAGAGGAGAUUGCCUUUGUUGCUUCUCGUUGUGGUCGUCUUCGUCUUUGCCGUCUUCCUCCACGUGUGCUUGUCGUGCCGGCCGUGGAAGCAAUGUCGCAAGCGCAGGGCGUCAACGAAAGGCGCUGUGCUUCAAGAGGGACGUCCCAUGGCGGGCAUGCAGGCACGCGCUAUUCUGCCUGCAGCUGAGGGCGGAAAAAAACCUGCGACGACGGAGCCUUCACGGCGGUACGACCCGUCCAUGUACAACCAUCUGCCGUCGUGGGAGGCGCCGCUGCCUCCCUCGAACGAGGAGCCGGAGGGGGAUGAAUUUCCAACGUUUCCUCUCGGCAGCGGGUCGACGCAGCUGUUGUCGCAGACGGUGCUCGCAGGUGGGUCGGCAAGCAACGGACGCGGCGAGUACACGACACUCCUGCAACAGGGCUUGGGAGACGACGACGACGGGGGAGUUGAUCUCCGGUUCGGGCUAUGUUCUGGCGGCGGUAGGGAGCCGAGCCGCACGUUCAUCAUCGACGCCGAUCCUUCACCACGCGGCAUUCAACAAUCUGGAAGUCGCCAUACAGAGCAGUCCACACUUCGUGGCAGUGCGUCCGUUACUGGCGGUGUCGGGCCAUCGGCAUCAGGCCGGUAGCAUGGAUCGAGUGCACCGUCGGCCGAUCGAUUGACAAGCACCUGCCCCGCACGCCAUGGAGUCCCAGUCAA